AAACAAAAUCCUUACAAUUAUUAAUAUUACUUAGAAAUAGACUCAAAAUGAAUAGGAAGUCAAUUAUAAUGUGGUUGUGUGCAAAUGUAGUGUAUUGUAAUGCAAACAGUGUGGUACCCGUCACGAUCAACCAAGCUCAAAAUGAAUUACCGGAUUGUAAGGGUGAAUGCAAAGACGAUAAUUGGGCAACUUGGACUCAAUGGGAUAUAUGUAAAGGCGGUGAAUGUCAUUUAAACGAAGGAAAACAAACUAGACAAACGAUUUGCUUCACCCUCGUAACGCCGCCACCAUCUCGCAGUGAUGGGGGAUCGAAAGAAGAGUUAAAAAGAGAGGGAAAAUGGCUAGAAACUUGCAUUGAAAAACAACAGCGUCCUUGUGUGAGAGAACUGUCUUGUAGUGGAGAAUGGACAAGUUGGGAAAAAUGGAGAGAAUGCGAAAUAUCGGGGAAGAGCAAAAAUGCUACUUGCAGUAAAACCCGACGUCGAUUUUGUCUUGACAAGAAAGGAACACGACAAUCUGGAUCUCAUUGCUAUGGAGGACCUUCAAGUGACACGGAAAAUGAAUUGUGUUCAAAUAAAUCUUGUUCCAAGAUCGAGCCAAGGAUUGGAAUCGCAGAGGACGACCUUAUUAUUCCAAAGAAAACAACCAAGCAGAAACCAAAUAUUCUUAAUUCAUAAUACCAUUCUGAUUAUUGCGGUCGCUAUCGGGCCAGUGUUGUGUUCGGAGCACUUUUCGUACUACUUCUCCUGAAUUUGGUGAGGCGUUCGUCAGGUCGAGACGAUGAGAGCACUUCAUCAAGGGGUGAUGUAUGGAAAAGAAUCGGCAGUACAAACACCAGUAGCAUUGGGUAUUCAACAGGAUACGUAGCCGCUUCGGACGUGAUGUCCCCGAGACUCGACAUCAAUAUUCUAAGUCCAAGUGCUUCUGCAUCACUUGGUUCGUCCAGUUCCAAUCAACAUUUUUUUGGCCGAGGAGAAGCUAUGACUCCUCCAAUAUCCGAAGAAGCUACGGAGGUCGGUGGAUUACUAACGGUAUCAGGUAAUAUAAAUUCAAACGAACCCCCAAGACGACGGAGUCGCUUAAUGCAAGAGAAUGUUUACUGGGAAAUAACAGAAAAUACUGCAUCGUCCUCCGAUGGCAGCGACGACCAACCAUUACCACAAAAUGGCGACAGGGAGGUGGUGCGAAACGUUUUAUAUGGUACAACUGUGUGACAUAUAUCCCUUUUAAAUCAGGCUCUGGAUUACUUUAAACCAGCAAGUUUCAAAAUUCACCAUGUGCAUCUAGAGAGGCGACUCAGAGUUCUGUCAAGGUGAAUGCCUAAGAAAGAAAUUUGUUUUGCUCAAAUUUUGCUUAAAAACGGAUUGACUCAAAUUAAAACACUACAAAAUUGUUUUGGUGACUCAUCGUAAAUGAUGGAGAAUAAUGUAAUAUAAUUUUAUAUAUGAAAUUGCGCUUAUAUGCCCAAUUUUUACCACCAAUUUCAGUAAUGAGUGCGUGCAGGAUUGAAUAGAAUUUUGUGUAUUAGAUUAUCAUAAUGCUAUAUUUACAUUUAUAUAUUUGAACAAAAAGAGAGAAAGAAUAUGACUUCA